ACACACGCCCACAAAGGAAACCCGCGUGUUUCUUUGAGGAUCCUCAUGAAUCUGAUUAACGUUUAAUAAUCUAUGCUAGAUCUAUUGUUCGAACCAGAAUGACCUUUUAUGUGAAUUUGUAAGCGAUCGCUCACACAUUUUGAUCCCACUUCUAGCUACAUCACUGCGCAGGGAAUCUGCUUGUAGCUGCAUUGUUGGUGGUGGAUGCCACAUGUUUCGUUACUACUGUUAGCUAGCUAACGUUAGCUAGCUUGGAGUUUGUUCUUUUUACGUCGCUGGCGGUCCUUACCCACGGUUCCUACACUGGCAAUAUUGAAUUAACAUAGAGGUCAGGGAUCCAAUAAUUCCAGCCCCACUGUAUUGGCCCAUGGUAGAAGUGGUCAGAAAAGAACUUUUUGGACCUGUAUGCCAACACAUUUUGCUCAAAGUUGACCUGUUUUGAGUACCCUACCAUGAGACACCCAUGUCUCCAUCGGUUGAGACACCGCAUACUCUGGAAUACAGGAUGGCUGCCUGUCAAUCCACUGUUGAAUGUCAACCUAAAAGAUGGAGAAGCCUCCCCUGCCCAAUGACGAUUACAUGUCAGUGACACCAGAGACUCAGCUGGACAGCUUGGCUGGCGAGGAUAGUCAGGAGGGCAUAGUGGAGCCCCCCGCCCGGGAUGGGUGGGACAGUAAACUGGAGUAUUUCCUGGCUCAGGUGGGGUUCAGCGUUGGCCUGGGUAACGUGUGGAGGUUCCCCUACCUCUGCCAUCAAAAUGGAGGAGGGGCCUUUCUCCUCUUGUACGUGCUGCUCAUGAUCCUGGUGGGCAUUCCCUUGUUCUUCCUGGAGCUGGCGGCUGGUCAGUCCAUCCGGCAGGGCAGCAUCGGCGUGUGGAAGCACAUCUCUCCCAAGCUGGCGGGGAUCGGCUACUCCAGCUGUGUGGUGUGUUUUUUUGUUGCUCUCUACUACAACGUGAUCAUCGGCUGGAGCCUUUUCUACUUAGGAAACUCAUUUCAAUAUCCACUACCUUGGAAAGAGUGUCCUAAACACGAUAACAUAACUGUGAAGGAAUGUGCGGCCAGUGGUCCUACCACCUACUUCUGGUUCCGGAAGGCUCUUAACAUCACCGACUCCAUCGAACAGACGGGCGAGUUUAACCCUGUCAUCACCUGCUGCUUGCUGGCCGCCUGGACCAUCGUCUGCUUGGGCAUGUUCAAGGGCAUCAAAUCCUCUGCCAAGGUGAUGUAUUUCUCCUCGGUCUUCCCGUAUGUGGUGCUGCUGUGUUUCCUCAUCAGAGGGCUGAUGCUGAACGGGGCUGCAGAGGGCAUCAAGUACAUGUUCUACCCUAAGCUGGAGAUCUGGGGUGAAGUGCAGGUGUGGCGCCAGGCGGCAACGCAGGUUUUCUUUGCCCUGGGCCUGGGCUUUGGCUCGGUCAUCGCCUAUUCCUCCUACAACCCACGCAGCAACAACUGCCACCGCGAUGCCCUCACUGUCUCCACCAUCAACUUUCUCACCUCUGUCCUCGCCACGCUGGUGGUGUUCGCCGUGCUGGGCUUCCGCGCCAGGGAAGUCGCAAUGCGCUGCGUGACUCAUAACUUGGAGAAGCUGUCGGAGCAGUUCUCAGUGGGCCCUCUUGACCGGGACCUGCUACCCGUGAUCAACAUCUCUGACUCCAGCUCAGAUCCCCUGGAGGCCUACAGGGGCUGGUUCAAGGUUCACGGAGCCAAUGUCCCUGGCAACCUCACCGACUGCAGCCUGGAGAAUGAGAUGAACAAAGGUGUGGAGGGCACAGGGCUGGCGUUCAUAGCCUUCACAGAGGCCAUGACUCUGUUCCCGGGCAGUCCCUUCUGGUCAGCCUUGUUCUUCCUCAUGCUGCUCAACCUGGGUCUUAGCACCAUGUUCGGCACCAUGGAGGGCAUCCUCACACCCCUCACCGACAACUUCAAAGUGCUGAAGCGCCACAAGACCAUACUCACAGUGUGUAGCUGCAUCAUCGGCUUCCUGAUUGGCAUGCUGUUCACGCAGCGCUGUGGGAACUACUUUGUGAUGAUGUUUGACGACUACUCCGCCACCCUGCCCCUCAUCAUCGUGGUGGUGUUUGAGUGUUUCAGUGUGUCCUGGGUGUACGGCGCUGACCGGUUCCUUGAUGACAUAGAGAAGAUGCUCCACUGGCGUCCUCCUGUGGUCUAUAAGUACCUGUGGAAGUAUGUGUGUCUGCUGGCCAUGCUGGGACUGCUGGGAGCCAGCCUGCUAAAGAUGUGCUUCAAACGGCCCACCUACACUGCCUGGAACAGAGAAAAGGCCUCCGAGGAGACUCUGGACUACCCUGACUGGGCCCUGGGUGUCUUGGCUGUUUUGAUCAUAUUCGCCACGUUGCCUGUUCCCCUGGGCUACAUCCACUCCACCCUGCGGAACAGAGCUAGACGCAACUCCAUAGGAAGUGGCCUGGGAACCGACAUGGGGGGCGUAUACACUAAGUGCAGCACUGUGGAGUGUGACACCCCCGUAGCCGCCCUAUUGGACGAACACCUGGAAAGGAAUAGAAUACCUAAGGAUUCUCCCUCGCCAUUGGCUGAAGAGAACCUCCAGCUCCUCCCACAGAGGGAAGGGGCAGAAGAUGUAGAGGAUUCAACUAGCGUGUGAGGGGGAGGAAACAAGGAGAAAACAGACUAAAAUAGGGAAAUAUGAGCUGCUUGAUGUCAGAUGUUACAUCAUGGUACCACAAAAGAAUGUAUACUGACGUAUACAUUGAAAAAUAUAUUUUAAAGAUAAAAUUACUAGUUUUAAAAGAUCCUCUGCUUUCAGAUGUUUUCUUUAUUUUAAAUAAUAUGAAUGCAGCCAUGUUGGGUUACAUUUCAUUUUUUUUUAUGCUUUAUUCCAGAGAGGUGAAUAACUGCUUUGUCAGUAACAUCCCUAAGGCUCAAACUGUUGUUCAUAAGUGAGGAGAUAUGUGUUGCCUCAAACACCCACAGUGUUUUUCCACACCACUUUACUUGGUUGCUUACAGAUAAGGCUCAUGAUAUGGGGCGGUAGAGAACUCUUAAGGACUGGAAUAUUCCCUCCCACCACAGGUUGGGUGGGAAAGUAUAGUUCCACUGUACGAUUGUGUUUCAAAGCCAAAGCAGUUACACAGACCUGUAACAUGUGUUGAGGUAACUUGGUGAAUGCAGAUGCAAAAUUGGGUGAGAAAAUAUUUUCCUGUUUGCCUUCAGUAAUAAUUCCCAUACAGAAUAGAAGUCAUCCACUCACUUGAAAAAUGUCAAUAGUUUUUUAGUUUUUUUUAGCCUAAAUAUUAACGAUCCUUGCCAAAUUGUAUAUUGUGCCAGUUUGUUGGUAAUACGUCAUUUUUCCAGAUUUUCACUUUGAAACAAUCAAUGGAACUAUACUUUUCUGCCCAACCUGUGGUGGAAGGGAAUAUUCCAGUCCAAGAGUUCUUUACCACCCCAUAUCAUGAGCCUUAUCUGUAACCAAGUAUGGGAUGUUAAACAUAACAGUGGUGUGGAAAAACACAAUAGGUGGGUUGCAGGUUUGAACGUUUUGGCAACACAUCUCGCUUCUAAACAACAGUUUGAGCCUUAGGGAUUUUGACAAAGCACAGUUGGUAGUAAGGUGCCAGUAUCAGUGUAUGAAUUUGAUCAGUAUAGGAGCACGAGCACCUGUUUUGUGAAGCUGGAAAAUUCAUCUCCGCACACUCAGGAUCAAUACACAAUUUCAUUAGGCUGCGCUUUAUGUUGUCAGACAUUCAUCAGAGCAUGAAUGAUUUCAAUUGAGCUUCCUUUUACUUGAGCCUAUUGGUUUUGAUUCAGUUUAAUGUAAGUGAAAUGUUUCAAAGUGGCUCCGUAUCUUGUCUGUUGAUGAGGAUAUGAGCCAUGAACUUGACAUAGUGAGGUCCAAUAGUAUUUGGACAGUGACAAUUUUGUUGUUUUGGCUCUGUACUCUACCACUUUAAAAAUGUCUAUGGGGUUAAAGUGCAGACUGUCAGAUUUAAUUUGUGGGUCUUUUGAUCCAUAUUGGGUGAACCAUUUUUGUACCUAGUCCCCCCCCCCCCCCCCCCCCCAAGUUUAGUAAAUUAAAAGUAUGGGGACAAAUCAACUUGUGUUUUAAAGUAGUCAAAUGUUCAAUAUUUGGUCCCAUAUUCCUAGCAUGCAAUGUUUGCAUCAAGCUUGUGACUCCAAACUUGCUGGAUGCAUUUGCAGUUUGUUUUGGUUGCGUUUCAGAUUAUUUUGUGCCCAAUAGAAAUGAAUGGUGAAUAAUGUAUUGUGUCAUUUGAGUCACAUAUGCAAAUUAGAAUGUUUCUGAACACUUCCACAUGAAUCAGUCCCUCUAGGAUUUAGUGGGUCUCUGAAAUGCUACUGUCCGAAUAUUUUGAACCUCGCUGUACAUUCCACUUUACUUUUGGAUGGAAUUUGAUGUUAAGUAUUUUUUAAGAUACACUUUCUCAAAGUACUAUUUAUACAAAUGUGUAAUAUAAUGCAAGUACUACUUUUAAUGUUUCUGACUUUUAAAAAAAAGUUAUCCUUUAGUGUACGUGUUUUUUAAAUUAAAAAGAAAAGCAUCAGGCUAGAAUUAUGGUAGACUUUUCUGACUUGUGCUUGUAUUUGAAAUGUUUGUUUCCUCAAAGCACAGGUGUCAAACUCAUUCCACGGAGGGCCGAGUGUUUGCAGGUUUUUGCUCCUUCCUUGUAUUUGAUUAAUGAAUUAAGGAACUCCCCACACCUAGUUGUGUAGGGCUUAAUUGAAAGGAAUAACCAAAAACCUACAGACACUACACCCUCAAGUUGAUUUGACACCCCUGCCUUAGUGUCUAUCUGCAGUUGCCAUAAAUGUUGGGAUUUAAUAAAUUAAUGACUUGG